AGUCGCGUAUCGCUCGCCGCGUCACCACCUCGCGUCGUUUUCACGAAUCGAUACCAUCGCAACGCGCCGUCAAUGCACACUUUAUUGCAACACGUAAACAUUUUACGAUUGUUUAAAACUUUUAUUGCUCUCAUCAUACACUAUUUGCAAUACACGAAAGCAGCUUAAACGAAUUGAAUUUGUUAAUAAAUUAUUUAUUUGAUUUUUUUUUUUUCAAAUGUACAUAUUAAAAAGUAAAUGUCGCCGAAUGUCGUGAAUAGAUUGCGUGAAAUAUUCCCGCCGUGCGAUAAACGUGCGAAGGUCACGGCUUGCGUAGCCGUUGGCAGCGGCGCGGGCGCGUCCCGAUCGUCCCGUCAGUAGCGACGCGGGUCCGUCGGGACAUGUCCGCGACAUGGAUUACCAAUGCGUGGUCGUGUACACGGUCAUCAACAUCGCACCGCCUCGGCUAACUCAAACCGAUAUACCGAACGGCUGUGUUGAUUGGAUCAAAAAUAAAAUUAAACGAGCGGUAGCAGUGUAUCUUCAAUCAUUGAAGCUAACGCCCAACAACGGAAUUAUACAUGGAAACUUGGCCUGUCUAUAUUACAAACAAGGCUUAAUAGAUCUCGCUAUUGAUACGUACAGGGAAGCUAUAGAACUGCAACCAAAUUUUCCAGAUGCCUAUUGCAAUCUCGCUAAUGCGCUCAAAGAGAAAGGUCACGUUCACGAAGCAGAAGAAUGUUACAACAAAGCCUUGUAUCUUUGUCCUACACACGUCGAUACACUCAAUAAUCUUGGUAAUGUUAAACGGGAACAGGGAAAAAUUAAAGAAGCAACGAAAUUGUACCUGAGAGCGUUGGAAGUAUUUCCUAAUUUUGCAGCGACUCAUAGCAAUUUGGCAUCUCUCUUACAGCAACAAGGUAAAUUUCGGGAAGCAUUGUUUCAUUAUAGACAGGCGAUAAAUAUACAACCGAGAUUCGCUGAUGCAUAUAGUAACAUGGGAAAUACUUUACGGGAAAUACAAGACAGCAAAGGAGCAUUAAUGUGUUUUAAAAAAGCCAUAGAAAUAAAUCCACAAUUUGCAGAUGGCCAUUGUAAUUUGGCCAGUAUCUACAAAGACAUGGGUAAUAUUACUGAAGCGAUUGCAUCGUACAAAGUUGCAUUGAAAAUAAAACCAAAUUUCCCUGAUGCUUAUUGUAACUUAGCGCACUGUUUACAAAUAAUUUGUAGUUGGGACAACUAUGAUGAACGAAUGCGAAUAAUCGUUGCGAUAGUCGAAGAUCAAUUGUAUAAUAGUGAUAAAUUAACCUCAAUACACCCACAUCAUUCCAUCUUAUAUCCAUUAUCUAACAGAGCAAGGAAAGAAAUAGCUGCACGACAUGCUAAUUUGUAUUCAGAAAAAGUGAAUAUGCUCACUCCGAUCACAUUCAAACACAGUAAAACAUACGAAGGACGAUUACGAAUCGGUUACGUUAGUAGUGAUUUCGGUAAUCAUCCAACAUCCCACUUAAUGCAGUCGAUACCAGGAUUGCAUAAUCGUUCGAAUGUAGAAAUUUUUUGUUAUGCUCUGAAUCGAGAUGAUGGAACCACAUUCCGUAGUAAAAUAGUUGAAGAAUCAGAACAUUUUAUUGAUUUAUCAUUUAUAACUUGUAAUGUUGAAGCUGCUAGAAGAAUAAAUAGUGAUAAUAUAAAUAUUUUAAUAAAUAUGAAUGGUUAUACGAAAGGUGCUAGAAAUGAUAUAUUUGCUUUAAAACCCGCACCCAUUCAAGUAAUGUGGCUUGGUUAUCCGGGAACUAGUGGUGCAGAAUAUAUAGAUUAUUUCAUCACAGAUGAAGUAUCAAGUCCAAUAUCAACGAGCGUGGAUUUCAGUGAAAAGUUUGCCUUCAUGCCACAUACGUACUUUGUCGGAGAUCAUCAGCAAAUUUUUUCCCAUUUAAAAAUUCGAUAUAAUGUUAAAAUAGAAGACGAAGAGUGCGAAGGUGAUAACAUAGCAGUUUUGAAUGCAGCAGAAGAAAUUAAUGUAAAUCAAUAUAUAAACGUUAAAUGUUACGAAGAAACAUUAACGUUUGAAAAUUUGGAACCAAUAAAUAUAAUUGUAAGAGAAGUAGACAUUCCGAGGUGGGUACUUGAAUCGACAAUAAGUUCUAAACAGGAACAGAUGUAUAUUAAUAAAAUACCAAUAGAUAAUGGUGUUUCUAUUAACUUUAUGGACAAGAAAAUUGCAUCAGGGGAAAAAAGCUAUGACAAUAUUGUAUUUACUUCGAGAAGGCAAUACGGACUUCCGGAUGAUGCUGUAGUUUUCUGUAAUUUUAAUCAAUUAUACAAAACUGACCCUUACAUUGUUAAAACUUGGGUUAACAUAUUAAAAAAAGUACCAAACAGUGUUCUUUGGCUAUUAAGUUUUCCGGUUGCAGGGGAACCAAAUAUGAUAAAAUACGUUCAAGGAUUAGGUAUAUCUCCUGAACGUAUUGUUUUUUCUAAAAUAGCUUGCAAAGAGGAACAUGUACGCCGAGGACAAUUGGCUGAUAUAUGCUUAGAUACAUCACUUUGCAACGGUCAUACGACAACAAUGGAUGUUUUGUGGGCUGGUACACCUGUAAUUACGCUGCCUGGAGAUACAUUAGCUUCAAGAGUGGCAGCAUCACAGCUCAAAGCAUUGGAAUGUACGGAACUUAUUGCGAAAAGUAUGAAGCACUACGAACAAAUAGCUGUGAAAUUAGGGACGAACAAUGAAUACCGUAAAUAUAUUCGAGCUAAAGUCUCGAAAGCACGUUUAAGUAGCACAUUAUUUGACUGCAAUCACUACACGAACGCGUUGGAGAAUCUUUAUGCUAUAAUGUGGGAUCGUUAUCAAGCUGGAAUGCCUCCGGAUCAUAUAAAAGCAUAUUGAAUAUUUUAAUGAAAAAAAUAUCGUUUUUAAG